CGCUACGUUAGCUAGCGACGGUUACACUCUCUCGAAACCAUCUUCUCUUUCUUCUUCGAAACAUCAUCUCGUCGGACGCCAGGAGCAGCACACCGCACGCGCCAUGGAGCUCAAGCCUGGCCUGUCCGCUCUCGUCACCGGCGGAGCUUCCGGCAUCGGGAAGGCCCUGUCGAUAGCGCUCGCGGAGAAGGGGAUAUUCGUGACGGUGGUCGAUUUCUCGGAGGAGAGGGGGAAGGAAGUGGCGCUGCUCGUCGAGAAGGCGAAUUCCAAGUUCCACUCCAACUUGGGAUUUCCGGCUGCCGUCUUCGUGAAAUGCGAUGUGUCCAACUCGAGGGAUCUCGUCAGUGCGUUCGAGAAGCAUGUUGCGACCUAUGGGGGAUUGGACAUUUGUAUUAACUCCGCCGGCAUUGGCACCUCCAUCCCAUUCCAGAAGGAUCAGACCGAUGGGACUCGGUCCUGGCGACAUGCGCUCAACGUGAAUCUGGCUGCUGUCGUUGACUGCACUCGCCUUGCAAUUAAGGCCAUGGAAUCUGCUGGGAGACCCGGUGUAAUAAUAAACAUGGGAUCUGCUUCAGGUCUUUAUCCUAUGUACUCUGAUCCUAUCUACUCUGGCUCAAAAGGUGGUGUCGUCUUGUUUACCAGAUCACUUGCACCCUACAAACGCCGAGGAAUUCGCAUCAACGUACUUUGCCCUGAGUUUGUUCGAACAGAGAUGGCCUUAAAGGUGGAUUCUGAAUUUAUAGACUUGAUGGGGGGCUUUGUACCUAUGGAAAUGGUGGUGAAAGGAGCUUUUGAACUUAUCACUGAUGAAAGCAAAGCUGGUUCAUGUCUAUGGAUUACAAAGCGCAGAGGCAUGCAAUAUUGGCCCAGUGCAGCAGAAGAAGCAAAAUACCGAGUGCAAUCCUUGAGUUCCAGAAGAAGAUCAUUGUAUAAAGGACCAGUGAAUUUGCAACUUCCUAAGAAUUUUGAGAAAAUUGUGGUUCACACCUUGACUCACAAUUUCCGUAAUGCUACCCGGAUUAUUCGAACACCUUUGAGGUUGCCAAUUGAACCACAGCAUGUCCUUGUGAAAAUACUAUAUGCUGGAGUAAAUGCGAGUGACGUAAAUUUCAGCUCAGGACGUUAUUUCCAAGGUGGAAAGGGAGAUGUUGGCUCCCGUCUUCCUUUCGAUGCUGGCUUUGAGGCUGUGGGGAUAAUCGCUGCAGUUGGUGAUUCUGUCAAGGACUUGAAAGUUGGCAUGCCUGCUGCAAUGAUGACUUUUGGAAGCUAUGCAGAAUUUACAAUGGUUCCAGCAAAACACGUCCUUUCAGUGGCCAGGCCAGAUCCAGAAGUAGUUGCCAUGCUUACUUCGGGGCUUACAGCAUCUAUUGCACUAGAAAAGGCUGGACAAAUGGAAUCUGGCAAAGUGGUUCUUGUUACAGCUGCCGCAGGAGGGACUGGGCAAUUUGCUGUCCAGCUUGCAAAAAUUGCGGGAAAUACAGUAGUAGCAAGCUGUGGAGGGAGGGAGAAGGCCAUGCUUUUGAAAGAAUUGGGAGUUGAUCGUGUGAUAGAUUAUAAAGCUGAAGACAUCAAAACUGUUUUGAAGAAGGAAUUUCCGAGAGGCGUUGACAUAGUUUACGAGUCUGUUGGUGGGGAAAUGUUUGAUCUUUGCUUGAAUGCUUUGGCCAUAUAUGGACGCUUGAUUGUAAUUGGCAUGAUUUCUCAGUAUCAAGGAGAGCAUGGAUGGACACCAUCCAAGUACCCUGGACUUUGCGAGAAACUUCUGUCUAAAAGCCAAACUGUGGCUGGUUUUUUCCUGGUACAAUAUAGUAACUUCUGGCAAGAACAUCUAGAUAGACUGUUUCAACUCUAUUCCAGAGGACAGCUCAAGGUGGCCAUCGACCCAAAAAGAUUUGUGGGUCUCAAUGCUGUGGCAGAUGCUGUUGAGCAUCUUCAUUCUGGUAGAAGUAUUGGCAAGGUGGUGGUUUGCAUAGAUCCAACUUUCACUGAUCAAGUAGCAAGACUCUGAAUUCUGUGAUCAAGGCUGUUUGAUUGGCUCGUUAAUGUUCGUCAAAGUUGAAUUACAAAGGAAUAUGUUUGAAAUAAUGACUCGGAUUGCAUAUCCUUCCAAGUGAUUAUUAGGGAACUGCAGUAAGAGACCUCCUUGAGAAAAUGUAUGUUUAAUCUUCAACAGAAAAAACCAAAAGGUUACAAAGGACUUGGAAGUGAAAAAUAUGAAUGAUCCAUGGCUCUUGCCAGGCCACAAAAGCUAGUAAGACCCCAUUUGAUAUUCCAACAAUCCUCAUGUGUCAUUUUCAUAAACUGAAUCAUUUAUCAGAUUAUUACGAUGUAACAGAAACGACAUAAUUUUUGUCAUAAACAGAUCAGUUGAAGGAUCCCAUUCAACACCCUGGCUUUUUGUUCAGCUGGGUGUUAAUAACAUGGAGAUCACUGUUUGAUUCUUUUUCCUA